UCUCGCCGAUCACUCAAAUUUCCGAUUUGGUUAUUUGGACAUUCGGGUGCCGGUGUUGCACCGAUAAGACUGUAAUCGAGAAAGUAAGUUCGAUGUAGUUGAAAUGGGAACCAAAUUAAAAAUCGUAGUAGGUUCCCGGGUUUGGGUCGAGGAUCCAAAGGUUUCGUAUGUUGAAGGAGUAGUGACGAAUAUUAAAGGAGAGCAAGUUGAGGUCGAAACAUCUGAUGAAAGGAAGGUUCAAACAAAAUUAUCAAAGGUUUAUCUCAAAGAACUGGAUAGCCUUGAAGCUGAGGUUGAAGACAUGACCAAGCUUUCAUAUUUCCAUGAACCUGGGAUCUUGCAAAAUUUGUCAACAAGAUACCAUCUGAACAAAAUUUAUACUUAUACCGGAAGUAUUCUUAUUGCAAUUAAUCCAUUCCAAAAACUGCCUCAUUUGUAUGAUGUCGGUAUGAUGGAACAAUACAGAGGAGCACCUCAAGGGGAAUUGAGUCCUCAUGUCUUUGCAAUUGCUGACAUUGCUUUUAGGGCAAUGAUCAAUGAGGGAAAAAAUAACUCUAUCUUGGUAAGUGGUGAAAGUGGUGCUGGUAAAACAGAAACUACGAAAAUGCUCAUGCGUUACCUUGCCUAUCUGGGAGGACAAAAAGGGUCUGAAGGGCGGAGUGUAGAACAAAAAGUUCUAGAGUCAAAUCCAGUACUUGAAGCAUUUGGCAAUGCUAAAACUGUUAGAAAUAAUAAUUCCAGCCGUUUUGGAAAAUUUGUUGAGCUUCAAUUUGAUAUGAAUGGAAGAAUAUCAGGAGCAGCUAUUAGAACUUAUCUCCUAGAGAGAUCUCGAGUUUGCCAAUUAUCAGAUCCUGAGCGGAACUAUCACUGUUUCUAUAUUCUCUGUGAGGCACCAGAAGAGGAAAUUAAAAGAUACAAGCUUGGGAGUCCUAAAUCAUUUCAUUACUUGAAUCAAUCAAACUGCUAUGAACUAGUUGGUGAACAUGAUACUCAUGAUUAUCUUGGAACGAGAAGAGCUAUGGAUAUUGUCGGAAUUAGUAAGGAAGAACAAGAAGCAAUUUUUAGUGUUGUGGCAGCCAUUCUUCAUCUUGGAAACAUUGAAUUUGCUAAGAAUGAACAAACUGAUUCAGCAGUUCUUAAGGACGAGAAAUCAAAAUUCCAUCUUCAAACAACAUCAGAGCUUCUUAUGUGUGACCUUCAAGCACUUGAAGAUGUACUACUGACACGUGCAGUGAUUGCCCGUGAAGUCAUCAAGAAAAGUCUCAAUCCUGAUGGUGCGGCAAUUAGUAGGGAUGGAUUAGCAAAGACUUUAUAUUCUCGCUUAUUUGAAUGGUUGGUGGAAAGAAUUAAUAACUCGAUUGGACAAGAUCCAAAAUCGAAGUUCCUAAUUGGCAUUCUUGACAUUUAUGGUUUUGAGAGUUUUAAAAAUAAUAGCUUUGAACAGUUCUGCAUUAAUUAUACAAAUGAGAAGCUGCAGCAACAUUUUAACCAGCAUGUGUUCAAGUUGGAGCAGGAGGAAUACAAAAAGGAAGAGAUUGAUUGGAGCUAUAUAGAAUUUGUUGAUAACCGAGAUGUUCUAGAUCUUAUUGAAAAGAAACCUGGAGGGAUCAUUGCUCUUCUUGAUGAAACAUGUAUGUUUCCCAAGUCAACUCAUGAAACUUUUUCACAAAAGCUUUAUCAGAGUUUCAGUGAGCACAAACGCUUUAUUAAACCAAAACUGGCUCGUACUGAAUUCAAAAUUGCUCAUUAUGCUGGAGAGGUUCUAUACCAGUCUGAUCAAUUUUUAGAAAAGAACAAAGACUAUAUCGUUCCUGAACAUCAAGAUUUGUUAAGUUCUUCUAAGUGCCCAUUUGUGGUAAGACUGUUCCCACCUCCUGAGGAGACGGCUAAAAAUUCCAAGUUCUCGUCUAUCGGUUCUCGCUUUAAGCUACAACUCCAACGAUUGAUGGAGGUUCUAAGUUCUACUGAACCUCAUUAUAUCAGAUGUAUGAAGCCAAAUAAUGCUCUAAAAUCUUCCAUUUUUGAGAAUCCCACCAUUUUGCAUCAACUUCGUUGCAGUGGAGUUAUAGAAGCAGUUAAAAUUAGUUGUGCUGGCUACCCUUCGCGUAAAACAUUCUCUGAAUUUCUUAAACGGUUUGGUAUUAUUGCUCCAGAAGCAUUGAAAGGGAUUAAUGAUGAAAAAGAUGCCUGCAAAAAGAUUUUGGUAAAAACGGGACUUGAAUCUUGUCAGAUUGGUAAAACAAAAGUUUUUCUGCGAGCUAGUGAGAUGGUUGAACUGGAGGCUAAGAGGUUACAAAAGCUCAACAAUGCAGUCAAGAUAAUUCAAGGGCAAAUUAAAACUCGUACUGCUCGGAGACACUUUCUUGCUUUGCAAAGGGCUGCGAUUUCUAUCCAGUCUUCAUGCAGAGCUAAACUUGCUUGCAAAUUGUAUGCAAAUAUGAGAAUGGAGGUCUGUUCUCUUAAAAUCCAGAAACAUUUACGCGCACACUUGGCUAGGAAAUCCUACCAGCAGAUUAAAUCCACCGUCGUUAUUCUUCAAAGAAGGGCACGAGCAAUAGCUGCAUUCAAGAAUUUCAAAAAUCGAAAGAAGUGUGCAGUUACCAUACAAGCCCAUUGGCGUUGUAUUAGAGCCAUUGUGAACUACAAGAGACUUAUAAGGGCAUCUGUUAUAACACAAUGCAAUUGGAGGAGAAGGAAUGCAAGGAGAGUACUUCAAAAAUUGAAGACAGAUUUGGAAGAGGCAAAGGGCCAGGAAACUCCAGUCCCUGUUGAAGAUACAGAUAAGAUCAAUUUUUUAACUGCAGAAGUGGAAAGAUUAAAGGUUCUAUUGCAAUCUGAAAAGCAACGGGCAGAUGAUUGUGAAAGGAAAUGUGCAAAAGCUGUGGAAUCAAGUGAAGAGAAGAGUCUGAAGUUGGAAAAAGCUGAAAGAAGAGUUUACCAACUUGAAGAAUCAUUGAACAGGAUGAUUUACAGCAUCUCAGAUCAAUUUUCAGAGCUGAAAGUGAUAUUAAAUGCUUCAUCCAACUCAAGUUCAACUUCAAGAGUCCUUGCUAGAGACUCUCAUGGUGAUGCUACAACAUCAGCAAACUAUUCUUCCCCUGAUCCAGCUUUCCAGCUUAUAGUCCAGGAUCUUUCAGCAGCUGAAAUAGCAGGAUAUGACAACUGGGAAAGUGACCGGGAGGGGGCAUUCGAUGACUUCUUCUGAUGGAAGGUUCUCUUCAGUUUUUUUGAAUCUGUUCUCAUGUCAUCAGUAUAGUCUAUCUAGGUUGGGGCACUUUUGGCAAUAGUAUCUGCCUCAACCAGAAUUAGGCUAUUACAUCCAUGCAGAUAAUUCAUCAUGCCAUGUAGGAGUCCUCCCAACUGAACCUCUAAUGACAUACCGUUUGAGAAGCUUCUAACUGUGGCCAUACUCCUAAACUUGAAGCUCGAAUUGGAUGUCCUUCAAGGUUUCAGCUUUCUUCCCAAAUCAAUUCAUAUCAAGAAAAAACCACAUUCAAUUAUCAAUGGUCAUGUUAUUUUCCAUUAGGUCACCGUUGCUGCUGAAAAUAGUUUGUACCUAAGAACCAAUUUGCAGUUAGGUGAGCAACCUCCUCUGCCUUAUUUGAUGCAACUUCCCCAUAGAUGAACCAUUUGAGUAGUGGCAAUGUGGCAUCUAAGAUUUUUUCCUGGAUCUACAUUAUGGAACCCUUUUCAGCCGUCAUAAUCAGUUCAAAAGUUCUUUUUCAGUGUGCAUAUUCCUCAAGACCCUUUGUUAUAGAGUCGGCCAAUUCUUUUGUAUCAUCUGUCAUGUUCCAAGAUGUUAUCUCAAGCCUUCCUCUUUUAAUUGGUUGGCUUAAAGUCAAACUCAGAAGGCCUGCAUAAAGCAGUAGCAUAUGAACUUCUCCAAGGGAAGACCUAUUGCUUUCCGCAUUAUCUACAAAGGCCAAAAGCAGUAAUGGACACCUGAAGUUAACAGGAUCAGUAUCAUUGACUACACAAUUCGAACAUUGGCAAAUAUAUGAUGAAGCUUGUGAAGUGAUACCCAAAGGCCAAAGCUGAAAGUUGAAGCCAAACAUCCAGCAGUGCUGUUCAGCAUCAGCUGACAGCUUGCUCAGAGAAGGACCUAAGGGUGAUCCAUGAUUAAGUUAAAGAAAGAAAUUUCUCCAUUGCUUGGAUUACGCAUUCAGCUAGAUGGUGAUAUGUUGAGGGGUUUCGAGCUUCCAGGUCCCACGCUAACUGAUCCAGACACAUCAACCUUGGAAAUUG